CCGCAGCGGCCGGGGCCGGCGGCAGCCGCAUGGAGGGCGCGGAGUACCGGUGCCGCGGCAGCCGCUCCAUCGAGAGCGGGCAGUCGGUGGUGCCCAGCUCGGUGCUCUUCGGCGCCGGGCUGCUGGGCAACGUGCUGGCGCUGCUGCUGCUGGGGCAGCACCGGCGGCGCUCGCGGCUGCCCGGCGGCCGCCCGCCGCGGGCCUCCGCUUUCUACGUGCUGGCGAGCGGGCUGGCGGUCACCGACCUGCUGGGCAAGUGCCUGCUGAGCCCCAUGGUGCUGGCCGCGUACGCCUACAACCGCAGCCUCAGCGAGCUGGGGCGCGGCGGGCGCGCCGAGGGCGAGCCGGGCGCCCUCUGCCACCUCUUCGCCUUCCUCAUGGCUUUCUUCGGGCUGGCGCCCACGCUGCUGCUGCUGGCCAUGGCGCUGCAGUGCUGGCUCUCGCUGGGCCACCCGUACGUGUACCGGCGGCAGCUCACGCGGCGGCGCGGGGCCGCGCUGGCGGCCGCGGCCGCGGCGCUCUGCGCGCUCUUCUGCGCGCUGCCGCUGCUCGGCUUCGGCGCCACGGUGCAGUACUGCCCGGGCACCUGGUGCUUCAUGCGCAUGGCCGGCGGCGGGACGCGCCAGCUCGGCUUCCCCGUGCUCUACGCCAGCGUGCUGGGAGCGCUGGUGCUCGCCAUCGGCGCCUGCAACGUGAGCAGCAUGCGGCACCUCUACGGCAUGGCGCGGCGGCAGCCCCCCGCCGCCCCCGCCGCCGCCCCCCGCAUGGAGGAGCUCGACCACCUGGUGCUGCUGGGGCUCAUGACCUUCCUCUUCACCGUCUGCUCCCUGCCGCUCAUCAUCCGAGCUUACGUGGGGGCGUUUGCUGCUGACUUCAACGAGAAAGCUGACCUGAGCGCCCUGCGGUUCCUGUCCGUCAACUCCAUCGUGGACCCCUGGGUCUUCAUCAUUUUCCGCACCUCCGUGUUUCGCCUGUUCGUCCGCCGGUUUUGCCGGAGACUGAGCUCCCGGAGAGCCCCGCUGAAGGCGGGGGACGGCCGCUUCGGCCCGCCGGGCUGGCGCAGGACGGACGCCCCGCAGCUCGGCUUCCCUUAGCCUUGCUGGGAGGCGGGAGGCAGCCGGCGGCCCCCAGCCCGGCGCCCCGGUGGGGGCCACGCCGGCGCUCCCGGCGGCAACUGUGAAUAUUUCCAAGCAGCAGCACUUUGUGGAGAGUUUGGGGAGAGCCCGGCUCCAGGACGGCACGGGGCCCUCGGGUGCUUUUCCCACCGGCGGGAGCGGAGGUGCUCCGGGAUUUCCGGGGGCGGCCGGGUUGCGGCUCGGGGGGGAGCCGAGGGUUGAGCCUCUGCUGGGCACACGGAGCCCGGCACGGGUGCAAUUGCCUGCAUGCAACCACCCCCCCCCCCAAAAAAAACCCACCCCCUCGAGCGCUUCGGCAGAUGGGUGCAGGAGGAGCCGCCGCAUUCAGCCUCCCGUCUGGGCCAGGGUUGCUCCGCGGUGCCUUGCUCUUAGCUCGACAGCUGCUUGCGGCCGGGCUCCGACGCUGCGCUGGCGUUAUCCGAGCGCCUUUCGCCUGCCUCGCCGCUGUUCUUUAACGCUGUGUUUACGGCCCCGCCGGCUCCUCGGCGCGGCAGCGAUCUUCGGAGGAAAAGCGGCGUCCCGGAGGCGCGAUUUGCUCGCGAGCAGGCAAGCGAAAGGCCGUUCGGGCGCGCGCUCCCUUCCCCCGGAUUGCGCGCGUGAGCCGGCUGAGUUGAGAACUGCCCCGAGUGGCUGUUCAGGCCGGAAAAUUGCAUUAAGCGGUGCCCCCACCCGCCCGGCGUCCCUGGAAGAGGCGGCCGCAAGGGUCCCCCCCUGCCCCGCGCCAGCUCCCCGGCGGGGGCUGCGCGAGGGGCUGCCGUCGUGCUCCUGCCCCGUCUCGCGUGGUUUUCCUCGAGGGGGGGCAAACAGCUUUUAUUUCUGAAGGAAGAAAUUCCCGGGAACGUGUCUCCCGGGGUUUUGUCGGAGGUGACCUGGUUGGCGUGGCUCAGGCUGGAGCGCCGGGGCGCCGCGGCUUGCAGGGAGGAGCGGGCUCCGUAUGGAGGCGCACGGACGCGUCCGUGCCGGCGGACGCCGCCGUCCUCGGCGCCCGGCGGCCUCGUUAGCAGCUCCAGUCCAGGGGGGCUGCUGCUCCUCGUUUGGAGUGGACGAGCGUCUCCGCGCUCGCGUCGCCGGGCCGUGCCGUAUCGCCGUCCUCUCCAGAGAUGGCAGCACGUCCCCGGCCAGCGCGUCCCGCCGAGCUGUUGCCGCGCUCUGGGAGAGAGGGGGAAAAAUAUAUAUAUAUAUAUAUCUCCAACAACCAAGCAAGCGAAUAAAUAAACAAACCCG